AAAGGUGGUAGGUUGUCGACAAGAGUUUAUACUCAGAGUAGGAUAUAGUUAUAUUGAUUUUUUUUUUUUUGAUUUGUUUUAACGAAAAAAAAAAGGAAGAGAGAUGUUUUUCUGUUUUAUUGUGAAAAUUUGAGGUGGUUAUGUUUAGUUAUUAUUGAAUGAAAAAUUUGAGAUAAGUUUAUUGUUUUGAUAUUUGUAAAUUUUUUUUUUGAAAGAAUGUAAUUUUAUAUAGGGGACUACGAGACGCCACCAAGAUGAGCUUCACGUUAGUCAAAGGGAUAACCUUUUUCCUAUCUUUAUGCCUUGGUACCCAAGCUUUAAUAGCUUACGAUUGUUCCGAUAAAAAUGCCGAAAUUUCAGCGGUGUCUAUUCGUGACGUCGCGGAGUGUCCGACCGUAGAGACAACCUAUAAAAGUGAACCCGUUCAAAUAAAAGUAUUACAAAAAGAUGAAAUUAAAUUACGACAUGUGUGGACCUGUUGUGUUGAACUAACUCGAAUAAUUAUGCAUUGUGGAAUGCAUAGUCACAGUUCAAUCGUGACCGGGGGUAUAUCAAACUCUAUCCAUCGUUUGGGUGCAGAAGAAUGUAGAUCCAUCCACCGCUAUAGAAUGUUAAAAUUGUAUCAUCAAGAAAUAGGCGGAAUAAAUUUGAAUGGCACGACUUCAGCCUCCCUCACUAUAGGGGGAGCGCUGAAUUCUGAUGGGACAUGUAAAGGGACAACGUAUCAGGAAAAUGGGCAAUCAUGGCAAGAUGUUGUUAUUGUUGCUUCUGUAAAAAUCAAAGUUUCGGACUAUGAAGCGAAGGUGAAAAUUGAGGAAAAUGAAAUUAGUUUAUUAGGAGGCAUUGUGUGUCCGUUUAUGAAAGGAUAUUGUUUUGAUACCACAGCUGGGGAAGUAACAUGGGAUAGUGAACCUCUUACGACUUGUGAAGAAUCACUAAGCUUACUCUAUUUGGGCCGAGCAGAAAGAAUUUCAAAUCAAAUUACUACUGAACAAUUUUUGGUUAUAGAAGAUAGUACUAAAGUGUUUGCUUUAACGUUGAUAAAGAAGAUUAUGAUAUGUCAAUUAGAGAUAUGGCAGACUGAACACCCUAGAAUUUUGGUUAUUGAAGGAAAACAACGUGAUAAAAUUACUCCGAAAAUAAAUAUUCUACCUCAUAAUGCAGAUUUGAUGGCAUAUGUUAAUAGUAAAUUUUUUUAUGUAGAACAAGCUUAUAAUAGAAAAUUGGAUCAAUUAUAUACAGAUACCGUCCAUCGACGAUGUCUUAUACAAAGAGAAAUACUUAAAAACCGCCUUUUGAUGGCUCCAUUAGUACCAAACACGUUAAGCCAAUUAGUACGAGAAGGAGGAGGAUAUGUUGGACGAGUAUUAGGAGAAGUACUUUACAUCAUGCGGUGCGUACCUCGGACAGUAGAAAUAAGAAGAUCGAAGAAAUGUUACAAUGAAUUACCUAUUUUAGUGAAUAAUCAAUCAAAAUUUAUGGCCCCAGUUACAAGAAUUAUUCAAAAUUAUGCAGAAGAGAUAGAUUGUAAUGGUUUGAUGCCUCCCCUUUAUUGGAUAGAUGAACAAUGGAUGGGAUUAAGCCCCUACCCCACAGCACAGAAGUCACCAGAAAAACUUAUACCUGAUUCAAAUUCGAAAUUAAAAUUUAACCCUAUUCAACCGAUUGGAGCUCUUGGAAUUUAUACACAAGAUGAGAUAAUGAAUGCCCAAAGAAUUUUAAAUUUUGGAAUAGAACGUAAAGCAGUUGAAAAUAUCAUAGCACGACGAGUAGCAGGAUUGGAAACAUCGGAUCAAGGAUUUUCUACAAUCCAUAUGUUUGACCCAGCAGAAAUGAAAGAGUUAGCUCAUAAUACUAUACGUCAAAUUUGGGGAUGGUUUACCGAUUUAGGAAUAUUUAUGAGUGGAUUGAUGGGAUUUUAUGCUAUAUUUAGGAUGAUUAAGUAUGGACUUGGAGUCUUACUAAAUGGAUUACAUUUAUAUAAAUUAUUUGGAUGUGGAAUAAUGAUAUUAGCUAGUUUUUGGAAUACUCUUUCGGUAUUUGUGACGAAUCGACAUCAUGCCCGGCAAGAAAAUUUAAGAAAUAAUCAGGAACCAAAUGAAGAAAUUUUAGAUUCACCUCCCAUUUCGACAUUAUACCCUAGUUUAGCUGCAUCGGCACCACACUGGACAGAAGGACAGAAUGCUGGUAGUGCCACAGAUCGUUCGUUACCGGUAUAAACUUGUAUAAACUAAAAGUAUUGAGUGAUGGACUAGAGAAUAACGCGAAUCGUCUAAAGACAUGUUAAUUCAUACCCCCUCCCCCCCUUUUUUACCUCUAACUUCCUUAAGGUUACUCCCGUGACUAAGAACAGAGUCAAGAAAGGACCAGAGUAUCAUUUCACUAGAUAAUCUUAGGAAGCAGUAUUAUGGAACCAGGAAGUGCCGCGAUAGUGAAAUUUUGAAAUCCCGAAAAGUGAACAAACUCCAUGCUGGAGUUAGUGAAGUGCAUAAGAGAAAAAUAUUUCGAAUUGAUUUGAUUGUUUUGAUUUUUUUUUGUUUUAUUACAUAUUAGGAUUUGGAUUUUAUCUUUUUCAUUUUAUUUGAGUAAAUAAUAUUUGCUAUGAAUUAUUGAAUAAUGUCGGAAAACAUACCACCAUAGACUUUAAGACCUUAGGGUAGGUAGAGAUGAUAUAGUUUCUCUUUAUGAUUAGCUGCUGAAAAGUUUGGUUAAUAGGUUUUUGUUUUAUUUUGUAUCUGUUAGUAAGCAGUUUGAUAUUGGAUAAUGAUGAGUUUUAGUUUAAGAAUGAAAAAUUUAAAUUACUUUGAGCCAGUAUCAUUUUGAUAUAGGAGUUACAGUUAUUGUGAUUAUUGGAGAGGAAGGACUAUUAAAUUAAUAAGGAUGAAAGUGAGGGAAAAGUUAUGGCAUCCGAUGCCACAACUUUUUCGGAUAAGGGUGUGAUGUAGUAAAGCGGAUAUUUGAAAAUUACCGAAAUUAUUAGAAUUAUUAUGCCGAGGAAAUACGUUAAAUUCAAAGAGUGAUCGCGCCUUAUGUAAACUGAUCUUAUCUUAGCAUAAGGAUGUUUUGUUUUCCAAUCAAUGCUUUUCUUAGUUACCGUCUCCAGACGUCUCGACACUACGUUGGUGAAAUCGAUAUAUCUUUCACGGAUAAGAAGAAUACAUUUAGAUACGGGGAAAUCUUGGCUUAUCUGAGUUCAGUAAAUACUUUUUGGUCACAUUGACACAGCAGAAAAUCCGUCCGGCUGUAGGCAAAAUCGAAGUAUGGUUCUUGCUGAGACUGCAUAAAAAUCUAGUUUGAACUGAGGUUGAAGGUCUGUUGGCGAAAAAUGAAGAAGGAUAAAAAAUCUUUUAACCAAUGAUCUAAUUGGCAUGGUAUCUUGUGGAAUUGUUGGGGCGGUCUUAAGAGAAGUACGAGGUUACGAUUUUUGUGGAGGAAAAGAAGAAGUUAGUAUCGCUUAGGGUCUCUUAUUGAGAGAGGUUGAGAAUUAGAACGUCGGUCGCGAAACCAGACUUAGAUUAAAACAAUUUCUUUUGAAGAUCAGAGUAAUUUUUUUGAAAAGUUGAAUCAAGAAUAAAGGAAAUUUAGUAGAUGAUAGAGAGUUAAAGGAAUUUUAAGUUUUUUUGGAAGAAGGAAUUGUUUUAAUUCUAAGAACGGUUGACAUAGGUCAGAAACAGUAAAAUAGGAAUUUUUUGGGAUAAAGUUAGAAUUUGUUUUUUUGAAUCUCUUUGGAAUAAAUUAGGUUAGAUCGGAGUUCGCGGAUCGGUAGUGAAGUGUUAUAUAAGGAAUUACACGUUUUCGAGUGAACAGUUU